GCGGGAACGGCCUCGGGCUUUAAAAAGAGGCCUUUGUCGCUCUUGGUCCUCAUUUCCAUUUUAUUCGACUCUAAAGCCCCAGCUCUCUCCUCUCCCCUUUCUCUCUCUUCAAAUGGAGCGGAGAACCCCUCGGAGUCUUAACCAGCGGAACGCCCAACUCCUUGAAGACCUAGCAAACAAGACCUCUGGCAUACCACCCACUUCAGAGAAAGCCAAUGCUCUGCACUGUGGGGAAAUGGUGAACAAGGUUAAACUGAAAGGGAGGCGUCGCCUCUGCAAACUCUCAUCAAGGGAUGAGAACUCAGAUUCUUAUGGGGAAAACACGGUAUCAGAAGAUGCUACCUCUUCCGCUAUUGAUGAACCUUCUGAUAUCAGAUCCAUUCUCAAUGAUCUGAGCUCGAAACUGGACUCUCUAUCCAUUGAGAAGUCAUCUAUGUACUUGAAGAAGCAAUAUAAAAGUGAUUCCCUGGGACUUAUCAACAUAUAUGAUAGUCCUGAGAGUGGUUCCUUACAAUCAGAAAAUGAUCGGUCAGUUAAGGAUGCAGCAGUUGAACCCAGCUCCACAAAUCAUACCGAUCGAAAGUUACCUGCAACAAAAACGGGCAAACGAGUGGAUUUGGAUGGAGGUUUCAGUUUUUCUUUAGUUUCAGAUGACGAUCAACCAACACAAGGACGUGGUCACAAUGAUGAAGAUGAUGAUGGUGAUUCCUUUCGCUCUACCACUUCAUCCCCUCUCCUUGAUCAAGUGGGUUCCAGUUCAUCAGGGGAUGCGAGCAAAAGCUCAGCUUCAGAGUCUAUCCUGGUUAAUCUCUCUGACGAUGAUGAAGAUGAAGAAUAUUAUAGGUGCAGGUCAGCUGAAUCUCAAUUUGAGGACCCUGUUGAAGAUGCAGAGCCUGUCAUGUUUAGUAAUGGCUCCGAGACUUGUAAACUCAGUGGAAAUAUUGCAAAGAUGCUAUACCCACAUCAGCGCGAUGGUCUGAAAUGGUUGUGGUCACUUCACUGCAAGAAGACAGGGGGAAUUUUGGGUGAUGACAUGGGCUUGGGGAAGACAAUGCAGGUAGCUGCCUUUUUGUCUGGAUUGUUUGCAUCGAGCUUGAUUAAACGUGUGUUGAUUGUGUCUCCCAAAACCCUUCUUCAACACUGGAUCAGAGAAUUAUCAACGGUGGGACUUUCUGGAAGGAUUAGAGAGUACUUUGGAAGUUCUACAAGUUCUCGUCAAUAUGAACUUAAAUACAUACUUCAGGUUGGAGGCAUUCUUCUCACGACUUAUGAUAUUGUUAGAAACAAUUCAAAAUCGUUAAAAGGUGAUUAUUACCAAAUUGACAAUCACGACGAAGAGGAUGGAAGCACCUGGGAUUAUGUAAUACUUGAUGAGGGUCAUAUCAUAAAGAACCCAAGUACUCAAAGGGCAAAAAGUUUGCUUGAGAUACCAUGUGCUCAUCGCAUUAUUAUUAGCGGGACACCUAUACAAAACAACUUGAAGGAACUUUGGGCCUUGUUCAACUUUUGUUGCCCUGAAAUUUUGGGUGACAAGAAAGAGUUUAAAGAAAGAUAUGAGUAUGCCAUACUCCGUGGAAAUGAAAAAAAUGCUUCCGACCGUGAAAAACAAAUUGGUUCCACAGUUGCAAGGGAUUUGCGAGAAAGGAUCAAGCCUUAUUUCUUGCGUCGUUUAAAAAGUGAAGUAUUUGUUGACAAUGGAAACACUAAUACCUCAAAACUUUCUAAAAAACACGAGUUGAUCAUAUGGUUGAGAUUGAGCCAAAAUCAGAGGCAACUAUAUGAAGCAUUUUUGGAGAGUGAGAUGGUCACAUCAUCAUUUGAUGACAAGAAGAAAAAAAAAUCAUCGUUUGGUGCAUCAGCAUUAUCUGCUUUGACGGUACUGAAAAAGAUAUGCGAUCAUCCAUCUUUGUUGACCAAAAGGGCAACGGAUGAUAUAUUGGAAGGAAUGGAGAAGUUGCUUAAUAAGGAUGAUCUUUACAGGGUGGAUGAAAUGGCUUCUCAUUUAGCAAAAAUGAUGUCCUCACAAAGUGGUGAUAAGUUGCAAAGCAAUGUCUCAUGCAAGAUUUCCUUUUUGAUUGCUUUACUGGAGAACAUGAUUGCAGAGGAUCACAGUGUUCUAAUCUUUUCUCAAACGCGUAAAAUGCUAGAUAUUGUGCAGGAAGCUAUUGGAUCAAAAGGUUAUUCUUUCUUACGUAUUGAUGGAACCACGAAGCCUUCUGAAAGAGAAAGGCUUGUCCAGGAAUUUCAAGAGGGUUUAGGUGCUCCUAUUUUCCUUUUGACAUCUCAAGUUGGAGGACUUGGGCUUACUCUUACUAGAGCGGAUCGAGUAAUUGUUGUUGAUCCAGCUUGGAAUCCAAGCAUGGACAACCAAAGUGUUGAUCGUGCGUAUCGAAUUGGGCAAUUCAAAGAUGUCCUUGUCUAUCGGUUGAUGACUUGUGGCACCAUAGAAGAGAAGAUAUAUAAAAUGCAAGUUUUCAAAGGAGGCUUGUCCAAAAUUGCAACAGAGCACAAAGAACAGACUAGAUAUUUCAGCCAGAGAGAUCUCCGAGAGCUUUUCAGCCUUCCACCACAAGGAUUUGAUGUUUCACUUACACAACUGCAGUUGGAAGAAGAGCAUGGAAGCGAUCAUGUAAUGGAGGCUUCUUUGAGUGACCAUAUUGAGUUUCUCGAAAGCCUAGGAAUAGCAGCAGUCAGUCAUCACAGUUUGCUGUUCUCGAAGGCCGCGACUUCUCUGGCAUUGAGACAAGAAGCUGACAUUCUACCCUGUAGAGGCACCAUGUAUAUGGGACACUCUUCAGCUCGCUCUUUUUCAGACUCUGUUCCAGCCGGGAAGGAAGAUGCCUUAAACCCAAAGCAUUGGAAAUAUCCCGACACAAAUUCCCCUAUUGUAGCUAGCAAGGCAGUGCAUGCUGAGCGCCUCAAAGAAGCUAUUAAAAGGUUAUAUCAAACUCUUGAUAACGAGGCUAUCAUUUCAAAGUUGCCUGACAAAGGAGAGAAUCUGCAUAGAAAGAUAAAGGUACUGGAGUCAGAACUUGAUACAAUUGAGAAAUCUGAUAUGAACCAUGAUCAUAAGAAAGGGAAGGCAAAUCCUAGCAAUACUCCAGAUGUCGUCAACAUCGAUGAUAUAUCAGAUGUGCUUCAAAAGUUAUCGGUUGAAAGGAAGAGAGAGUAGGACUAUUUGUAUAAAGCAUUUGGUGCAUGUUUAUUAUUAUUUUUAUUUUUUUACAAAACUGUGAUGCAUGAAAUGAUCCUUGUCUACAAGGUGCAUGAGAUCCGUAAUUCCAUAUGUGCAUUCAAAGCAUGUGCGCAUCCAUAAAUACAAUCUCUCUAUGUCAAUAUCUAAUUGGCACACACUGUAGACAGCAUAUUCCAUGUUCGUUUUAACUUUUUUUUUUUUUUGAUUUGGUGGUUGAUAGAAUGGGGGCCCAAAAUCGUUGUCUUGGCCCAAAUUGCACAAAAAAGAAAAUAUGAUUGUAGUAGGGAAAGUAAUCCUUUGAAUGCAUUGUUCUAGUUGUAAUUA